AACGAUAUCUAGCCUGCAAGUAAAAACCCUAAUUGAUUGAAAACCAAUUAGGUAGUUCAACAACUCCACGAUAGGGGCAGUGUUUUCAAAAUGGCUUCCGACGACGAAAAACGUGAUAUAAUUGUCCAAAAGAAACGCAAAAAAGCUCCCAAACUUGAAAAUAUAGAAGCUGAAGCGGGCAUAGUCUAUUUGAGUAGAAUCCCAACCUACAUGGGAGUCAAUCAUAUGAGACACAUCAUGAGCCAAUAUGGAGAAGUCGGCAAAAUCUUCCUCCAGCCAGCUGACAAACAGAAGCCAGGAAACAAACGCCGCCAGUUCUCUGAAGGAUGGGUCGAAUUCUUAGAUAAGAAGAAAGCGAAACGCGUCGCAGCAUCAUUGAACAAUCAACAAGUCGGAGGGAAGAAACGUAACGCUUGGUACUGGGAUCUGUGGAAUAUAAAAUACCUACCAAAAUUCAAAUGGGGCCAUUUGCAUGAGAGACUGGCCUACGAACGGGCUGUUCAUUCGCAGAGAAUGCGGACAGAGAUUUCACAAGUAAAACGGGAAUCGAACUAUCAUAUUCAGAGCGUGGAGAUAGCUGAGCGGAUUAAGAAGAACAAGAAGAAGUUAAAGGGGGAGGGCGGGACAGAUGUCAUGAGGGAAUGGGAGUACACACAAAAACAGACAGAGGACGAAAUUCUUUCAAAGAAGCGCAAAUUAACUUCAGAGGAUACAGACAAUUCUGGGAUGAAAAAGAAAGUGAAACCAGACUCUAAGAAGCCGAGAUCAGACUUUUUAAAGGGUUUGUUUUCUGGGGGUGUUCUGGAGGAGGAGGUGUGACCCCUCUGGCCUGGACUCGAAGCAUGAGGGGGCGGGGUCACUUGAAGUUUUGAAUUCAGAUCUUCGUCUUGUGGAUGAAAUGUUACAAACCAAUAUCAAGCAGUUGUAAAAUGCUCGUUUUGUUGAAAAAUAUAUCAUUCAUUACA